UUUGAAUCUCAAGUUCAUCUAUAAAUGAACUCUUUUUUUGUUUUUUGUUUUUUUUUUGGAGGAGAUAACUAACCCUAGCUGUCUGCAGUCUGACAAAGGUUAUUCGAAUGGACUUAAUCUCCCAGUAGUUGGGAGAUGUUUUAAAAACACGUCCUGUGUUUGAAUUGUGGCUGAGAGGUUUCCUUGGCAAUGUGAGGAGGAAAAUUCUUUCUGCCUCAUUAUUAUUAAUUCAUGGAUUGAGUGUUGGUUCGACCUACAGGCGUAAGAUUGGAACUCAGUGAAGACACAGACGUUCCUGUUGAGAGCAACCAGCUAAUGAUUACAUUUUAAAGACGAUUUCUGUGAUUGAGUUGUCAUUUGGAAGAUUAAACCCAUUUCAAGAGGACGCGGAGCUUGUCCUCGCCUUGAGGAAGCAGUGGCUUGUUUUCAAGAAGCCAUUUCUGUUCUAAGGAUCUACCCAGCAUGUCUAAUCAAGGAGAAGACUGCUAUUUUUUUUUCUAUUCUACAUGUACCAAAGGUGACAGCUGUCAAUUUCGUCACUGUGAAGCUGCACUAGGAAAUGAAACUGUUUGCACAUUAUGGCAAGAAGGGCGCUGUUUUAGACAGGUGUGCAGGUUUCGGCAUAUGGAGAUCGAUAAAAAACGAAGUGAGAUUCCUUGUUAUUGGGAAAACCAGCCAAUGGGAUGUCAAAAACUAAACUGCGCUUUCCAUCACAACAGAGGACGUUAUGUUGAUGGCCUUUUCCUACCUCCAAGCAAAACUCUGUUGCCCACUGUGCCUGAGUCACCAGAAGAGGAAGUGAAGGCUAGCCAGCUCACAGUUCAACAGAACAAAUUGUCUGUCCAGUCUAAUCCCUCCCCUCAGCUGCGAAGUGUUAUGAAAGUAGAAAGUUCAGAAAAUGUUCCUAGCCCCACGCAUCCACCAGUUGUAAUCAAUGCUGCAGAUGAUGAUGAAGAUGAUGAUGAUCAGUUUUCUGAGGAAGGUGAUGAAGCCAAGACACCUACCCUGCAACCAACUCCUGAAGUUCAUAAUGGAUUACGAGUGGCUUCUGCCCGGAAACCUGGGGUCAAUUUAAAACAAGGUGAAUGUUUGAAUUUUGGAAUAAAAACUCUGGAGGAAAUUAAGUCAAAGAAAAUGAAGGAAAAAAAUAAGAAGCAAGGUGGUGAAGGUUCUUCAGGAGUUUCCAGUCUUUUACUCCAACCUCAGCCCAUUCCAGGUCCUGAAAAAGAGAAUGUCCGGACUGUGGUGAGGACAGUAACUCUGUCCAACAAACAAGGAGAAGAACCCUUGGUAAGAUUGAAUCUCGCUGAUAGACUGGGGAAACGAAAAUUUUCAGUAGGUGGUGACAGCGAUCCUCCAUUAAAGCGCAGCCUUGCACAGAGGCUAGGGAAGAAAGUGGAAGCUCCAGAAACUAACACUGACAAGACAUCAAAGAAAGUUCAAGUUUCGAAGUCUCUGAAGGAGCGAUUGGGCACGUCAGCUGGUUCAAACAAUGAGGAGGCAGCAGACCGAGUUACUAAAGUUGGUGAGAUCCACGUGAAGACAUUAGAAGAAAUUCUUCUUGAAAGAGCCAGUCAAAAACGUGGAGAAUUGCAAACUAAACUCAAGACAGAAGGACCUUCAAAAGUUGAUGAUUCUACUUCUGGAACAAGAAGCUCCUCCACUGUCCGAAUCAAAACUUUCUCUGAGGUCCUGGCUGAAAAGAAGCAUCGGCAGCAGGAAGCAGAGAGACAAAAAAGCAAAAAGGAUGUAACCUGCAUCAAGCUAAAGAUUGAUAGUGAAGUGAAAAAAACAGUAGUUUUGCCACCUAUCGUUGCCAGCAAAGGACAGUCGGAGGAGCCCGCAGGUAGAUGCAAGUCUAUACAGGAGGUGCAUAUCAAGACGCUGGAGGAGAUUAAACUGGAGAAGGCGCUGAGAGUGCAGCAGAGCUCUGAGAGCAGCACCAGCUCCCAGCCUCAGCCUGAGGCCGCCCCGGGGGCAAGGCGGCUUCUCCGGAUCACCAAAAAAACAGGUAUAAAAGAAGAGAAGAAACUUGAAGAAGGAAGUGAAGUUGCUUCUCAGAGCAGUGUUACUAGAACAGAGGCUUCAGAUGAGACCACAGGAGUUGGCAUCACUAAAAUUCAAGUUAAGAGAUGUGAGACCGUGAGAGAGAAGCCCAUGCAGAAACAGCCGGAGAGGGGAACCUCACAGAAGGAAAAAUCAGUUUUGACACCCCUUCGGGGAGAUGUAGACUCUUGCAAUACCCAGAUAGCAGAGAAACCAGUGCUUGCUUCUGUGGCAGGCGUCACACGGCACCUGACAAAGCGGCUUCCCACAAAGUCAUCCCAGAAGGUAGAAGUAGAAACCUCAGGGAUUGGAGACUCAAUACUAAAUGUGAAAUGUGCAGCACAGACUUUGGAAAAAAGGGGUAAAGCUAAACCCAAAGUGAAUGUGAAGCCAUCUGUGGUUAAAGUUGUCUCAUCUCCCAAAUUGGCCCCAAAACGCAAGGCAGUGGAGGUCCACCCUGCUGUCAUUGCAGCUGUGAAGCCCCUCAGCUCCAGCAGUGUCCUGCAGGAAAGCCCGGCCAAAAAAGCCGCUGUGGCUGUUGUCCCACUCCUCUCUGAGGACAAAUCAGUCACUGUGCCCGAGACAGAAAAACCUAGAGACAGUCUUCUGCUGCCUCCAACCCAGUCCUCUUCAGAUCCCUCCCCACUGGAAGCAUCUGGCCCUUCCUCAUCCCAGAUGGCCACGAAUACUCGCCGACUCAGCUCUGCCUCAACAGGAAAACCCCCACUCUCUGUGGAGGAUGAUUUUGAGAAACUAAUAUGGGAGAUUUCAGGAGGCAAAUUAGAAGCUGAGAUCGACCUGGAUCCUGGGAAGGAUGAAGAUGACCUUCUGCUUGAGCUAUCAGAAAUGAUUGAUAGCUGAAGGUGAUAGUAGAACAUUUAAAACAAACAAAAACAAAAAACUCGCCAAAAAACUGGACUUAGUUUCAUCUAUUAUAAUAUUUACCCAAGAUGAUCAUUUCUUUAGUCUAGAAUUUGCCCCAAAUCAUAAGUAUACCUCUGAAUUAUCUGUAUGUGUCUUGGAUUUCUUUGGGUCAGAUUUUUAAAGUCCCUUAAUAACUAUUUUGUCCAUUUGAUGCCAUUCUUUAGCAUCUUUGAGAAAGAAGUCUGUCUUACCCCUCUCUCCACAAAAAGACUGAGAGGGAGAUCCAAGUGAAAGGUUGCCAGAGAACCUAGUGACUCCUUGAGGUGUUUGUCAAUUUUGGCUUUUUUCUCCUUCGUUAUAUUAUUUAUGUAUUGUCUUAAUGUACGUAAUAUUACCUGAGUUUGAAAAGGAUGAAGACAGCUGCUACCAUUGAGGACCAAAUUUCAUGCUACCACUAAACAACAACAACAAAUCCACUCAGUCUGUGUUAAAUUGUAUGUCUUUUUAAAGGUAUUUGGAGAUUCAACUAAGCUUUGUAGAGAGGGCUGAGCAGCUCAGGAAGCCUGUAAUCUGGACAUAACUUUUUGGACCUGAUUUUCAUGCUUCUGCUGCUCUGUAAGCCUCUGAAGAGCAAUAGCUAAUUUAUUAUUACUGUAAUUUUUUAAGGCU